AUGGCGAAUAUUCCGAGAUACCUUCGUCGGCCUGGAGAUGAAGGAUACAGAACUCCCACCAUCGAAGACACCGAGAAGAACCUCGCUGCCGGCGUGCUUCCGUUUAUAUUCCCUUCUCAGCCGCCGACCCCUCGCUGUCCGACGCCGCCUGUCCUGUCACAGUUUCGUCAACGGCCGCCGCUGGCACAUAACCUGCCAAAGAUAAACGGAGACGGCGAUGGGAACGGGACGAUAACGCCAGUGCAGGGCCUAGAGGGCCAGCUUCCUUCACUCAGCUGGAGGGAACGCAUUCGACAUCUGACAUGGUCGUUUUUCACGCUGACGAUGGCCACGGGCGGGCUGGCGAAUGUGAUCCAUACGAUCCCUGUCGAGGCCCGGUGGCUACAGAUAAUCGGGCUGGUUAUUUUUCUGGUCAACCUGGCUUUCUUCGUGGCUGUCGGUGCAUUGAUGUGUGUACGGUUCUACCUAUAUCCAUACACCUUCAAGGCGUCGUUUCUGCAUCCCACAGAGUCUCUAUUUAUCCCCGCCGUGAUUGUGUCGUUUGGGACGGUUCUUAUCAAUGUCGCACAAUACGGCCCCAGCCAUACGGGAGAAUGGCUGGCCCAUGCAACAGUGGUUUUGUUCUGGCUAGACGCAGCAUUGGCCGUCAUCUUAUCUGCAGGCAUAUACCUUAUCCUGUGGUCGACACAGACCUUUACAAUUGCUAAGAUGACGCCCAUAUGGAUAUUCCCAGCAUACCCAAUGCUGAUCAUUGGGCCCCAUGCAGGCAUACUGAGUGCCAGCGUGCCUCAGAGCCAGGCUCUUCGGAUCAUCAUCGGCGGCUGGACGAUACAGGGGAUCGGGUUCCUGGUCUCUCUCAUGGUAUACUCUGCAUUUAUAUACCGAUUGAUGACGCAGAAGCUGCCGAACGAAUCCCUCAGGCCGGGGAUGUUUGUUUCUGUGGGACCAAGCGCAUUCACUGUAGCGGGGAUCUUGAGCAUGGCGGACAAUGCUGCCAGAUCGCUGCCGGCCGACUUCAUGGGAGAUGGGGAACUAACAGCAAAGAUAAUCUUUGUCGUUUCGAACUUUUCAGCCCUAUGGCUAUGGGGUCUGUCAGUUUUCUUCUUCUUCAUCGCAGUCUUUGCGCACUGGACGCCAGCUCGUCGUGGGCGGAUGACCUUUUCGAUGACCUGGUUCUCCUUUGUGUUCCCCAACACUGCGCUGACAACAGCCACUUUUGCUGUCGGAAGAGCAUUUAACAGCAAGGGCAUCCAAGUAGUCGGCUAUGUCCUUACUAUCCUGCUCUUCAUCACCUACUUCUUCGUGUUCUUCGCGAUGGUGAGGGCCAUCCGGGCCCGCCAGAUACUGUGGCCGCAGAAGGGAGAGGACAAGGACGAGGGAGGCUUCAAGAUCAAAGAGCACAAGCCAAGUACCAAUGGCAUACUGCCUGCACAUUCGUAA